CCUGUAUUCAGUUGACACUCGUACACCAGCAAGAUUUCUUGAAAAUAACCUCCUAAAAUACCGAAAUAUUAUUCAAGAAAUUUUCGUCCUGAACCGUGAAGUGGUCAAUUGGGAAUUCUAAAUAAGCGCAAAAAGGAAAGGAAAAAGUUUACAAAAUCUUCAACAAUUUUCUUGGAUCAUCGGAAAAAAGUCAGGUUCCGGUAAAUAUUAGUACAUUAGAUUGUCCUUGAAAUACUGUUUUUGGAUAAUUUGAAUUGGUGUUCGCAUGAGAAAAAAUCACGUAUAACAUUUUGAAAGCUUCCGAAAUGUCGGGGAAAUUUGACCGGAUUAUCCAUGAAUCGGUGACACCCGUCCAGUGCGUGGAUUUUUAUUCAAAUGACCCCGUUUCUCUCGACGAUCACAAUGCAUUAUCCAAUUACAAAGGACCUGAGGAAGUGGUGAAAGCAUUGAUGGAAAUCGAGCCCAAAGUCGAAAACAUCGCGAGGAUUCUGGACGUUUGCGCGGGAACUGGUAGACUGGCAAAAGUGUUGAUUAAUAACGGAUUCCAUAAUAUCGAUGCGUUGGACGGGAGUCAAAUGAUGCUUGAAGAAGCUCUGCGACAAGGACUUUACAAAAAUACCGUCGUUUCCAUGAUACAACCGGAUUUGAGGCUUCCGAUUGCCGAUGAUUCUUAUGACGUGAUCACAGCCAGCGGAACAUUUGCUCCCGGACAUUUGUUCUCCGACUGCAUCCCGGACUUGAUUCGAGUGUUGAAACCAGGUGGUGUGAUGAUUUUUGCGAUGAGAACCAGCUAUGAAAAGCUCUCGGAGCAAUUUGGAAACUUCGAUUCCAACAUUCUCCGGGAUUACGAAAGUUGCCAGGGAAUGUUGGCUGCUUUGGCGAGGAUCAUGUACAACUUUGAUCGUGACGUCGUAACUGACAAAUUGUCCCCGGACGAGUGUAUAAAAUAUUAUUCAAAGCAACCCGAGCGUUACGACGAAGAUGUUGAGGCCUCGAACUACAAAGGGCCAGAAGAACUUGCGAGAGCAAUUGCAGAAUUCAGUCCGGCGUUUGACAAAAAUUCGAGGAUUCUCGACAUUUGCGCUGGGACAGGACGCUUGGCAAAACAGUUGAAGAACUUUGGAUUUGAGAACAUCGAUGCUUUGGAUGGUAGUGAAGCGAUGUUGAAGGAAGCUGUCAGUCAAGGAAUCUACAAAAAUACGUUCGUGUCCAUGAUCAAAUCGGAUGGUACUUUGCCGAUUGAGAACGAUUCUUACGACCUUCUGACCGCCAGUGGAACUUUUGCCCCAGGUCACCUCUACUCAGAUUGCAUCCCAGUUUUGCUCAGGGUUCUGAAACCAGGUGGAAUGAUGAUCUGGGCAAUGAGAGAGGGCUAUGAAAAAAAGUCACCACAAUUUGAGAAAUUUGAUCCUGACAUCGAAGCUUUGGAACAGGCUGGGAAAGCGAAACUGCUGGGGAAAAAGCAUAUACCCUUGUAUCUGUAUGAAGAUGGAGGCUUCAUUUAUAUGCUGAAGAAACUUUCAAACUGA